GACAUGCAUCUCACAAUGUUGAAUUCUUGAAGCAGACUUGGCAAGUUGUUCAUAAGUCUACCCAUAUGUUUCUUCCUCUUCGCAAUUCCCGAUUCCCCAACAAAUAUUUAUUUCUUCCAAUCGAAAUCUCCAAUCCCUAAAUAACAACAAAACCCCCCAUUUCCCCCCUUCUUUAUAAACCUCAAGCUCCAAUUUUGUUUUUCCCUUUUUUCUAUUUUUUUUUAAAUAGAGUUUUCAAGCACCCAUUGAUUUUUUUCCCGGGAAACUAGAAUCUGAGUAAUUCUCCUUUCUACUGUGUUUUCAUAUCUUUUUUAUCAAGGGUUUCGCCUUGAAGCUGUUUGAUAAUAAAUCACAAUGGGAAGACACGUGUUACUUUCACUUCUGUUGUUGUUGUUCCUUGUUUUUGAUCCCUCUGAUGCUUCCUUCGCUGGGGAACACAGAAAUUUGGCGAAUUCGGAUGCAGAAGAUGGUAACAAAACUGCGAAACCGGACUCUCCGUUGCCAAAUAAGGAGAAUUCAGAUCCAAACCCUGUUGGUGGUGGAACAAAGAAGAACGGAAAGGAAUCACCUUCCACCAAUGCUAAUAAAGCACCCGAAACGGGUGCAAAGGGUUCCAAUGGUAGUGAUAACAGUAGUAAAACUAUUUCCGCAGCUCCGGCGCCUUUGCCCAAAGUGAAGGGUUCAAAUGAUCCUCAAAAGGAGAACAAUAAUACAGCUUCUCUAGCUGAUAAUAAUGAUGUUAAGGGCAAUGAAGAAGGUGGUGCCAAGGGAAAUGAAAAAGGCGAUGGCAAUGGAAACGUAAAAGAGGGUGGUAAGGAUAAUGGAAAUGAGGGUGGCAAUGGCAAGGGAGAAGAGGGUAGCAAGGGUAAUGGAGAACAAAGUGACAAGGGUAAUGUUGGGCAAGGUGACAAGGGUAAUGGAAAAGAUGGUGGCAAGAGUAAUGAAGAACAGGGUCACGCUGGUGAUGGUGGCAAGGGUAACGUAGAACAAGGUGACGGGGGUAAGGGAAAAGAUGUUGGCAAGGAUAAUGGAGAAAAAAGUGACAAGGGCAAUGGAAAAGAUGGUGACAAAGUUAAGGAAAAUGAUGGGGGUGACAAGGGUAAUCAAGAAGAGAAUAAGGGAAAUGAGAGCAAAACUUAUUCAAAAUCUACCACCACUGAGUCUUGUCGUGAUCUGGGGAAGUGCACGGACAAAGGAGGCAUGGUUGGUUGCAUUUCCAAAUUAGAUCCAACAUACGUGGUUGUUCUCCUUCAUAAUGGAGGAUCUGACACCAUCAAAGUGAAGCUUAAUGAAGGUAAUGUUGAAGGCAUUGAAGUUGGCAUACAAAAAACAGAGAAGGUUAACAUUACACUAGCUACUAGUGGAAGAACCCAACUGACUUUCAAUGCUGGAAAAGGAGAUUGUGUGCUUCUGCUUCAUAUGGGUAUUCCUAAACCCAAAGGGGAUUUUCCUAUUCACUUCCCUUCUCGUGAUAAAAUUUUAACACCAGUCAACGGCGCUUAUUUUCUCAUAGUGGCAGUAGUAGUUCUUGGAGGGACAUGGGGUUGCUGCAAAUUCGGGAAGAAGCGACGCGGCGAGGUCCCAUACCAAGAGCUUGAAAUGGCAAUGCCUGAGACUGUUGCGGCCGCAGCCAAUGACAUUGAAUCUGCUGAAGGUUGGGAUCAGGUCUGGGAUGAUGAUUGGGAUGACGACGUGGCAGUGAAGUCGCCGGGCACGCGUCAUGUGGGCAGCAUCUCGGCGAAUGGCCUUACUGCUAGAUCAUCAAACAAAGAUGGAUGGGAAGAUAAUUGGGAUGAUUAAUUAGUUUUUAGCAGCAUGCAAAAGACAACUAGAGGAGAGGGAUAUGAACAUCAAAGUUUGAUAGGAGGAGGGUGGAUGCAGAAAACAAAAGUGAAAGUAACAUUUUGAGUUGUAGGGUAAGAUUCAGGAUUGACAAAUAUGAUUGAUGGGGACUUAACUUUGAUGCAUGUCAAAGCAAAGGGACGGCAAAAAAGGAAAGUGUGUGUAACAGUUUUUUACACAUUGGGUUGUUAAUAUUGGAAGUGUAGUAGUGAAUACACUGUGGCCUACUAGAGAGACAAAAGGAAUCUGUAAAUCAAAUUAUAGGAGGUAAAGAAUAUUUUUGUUCCCUUUAUAAAAUCCAUACAUAUCUCUAUACCCUUUUUGUGAACUCAAGUAUGCAAAAAUGGAAGUUAAAAACUGUUUUUUUGGGUUA